AUGCGUCUGUUACCUAAAAGCCAUAAAUGUGAGAACAAAUUUAUGCACUUAAACACCAAAAAAAGAAAACCUAUCAAAUCUGCACUUUCAAAUUGUAUGAAUAAUCGAAGUGUGUUAUUGCCUCAAAUUUUUGUCAUUUGUCAUUCAGAUUCACACCCCUGUACUAAACACACAUUAAUGCCAUUUGAUGACGUUGCCACAGUAGACAAAUCCUUGGCACAUUUGAAGGCUUUUGGAAUCUAGUGUUUCUCAGCAAACAGCCUAUGCAAUACACAGUUAAUGGAAUGAAGUGGAUUCAACUUAAGUUCAUUGCAAAGAGGUGUUUUGAUUGUAAUAUAAAUCCACAUUUCAAUAUAGUAUUUGUGAACAGUUACUGUACAUAGCACUUAUGCAUUGACAAUUUAAGAAUGGCCUUGCCAUUGCUUUUGCUUUUCAGGGGUGCAUGAGUGGCAUUGCAUUCCUAAACAUUGUCUGCCAGUCGAUGCCACUGUGCAAUGCUCACGUCUUUGUCAUUUCAAUGUAACGCAUUAGGGGACAUGGACAAGCAUAACUGAAUAUCUCAACAAAUCGACUGAUCUGGCACCUUGUAUUUUCAAAAUGAUACUACGAAAUGAAAAGAGAGGCACGGUUUGUUUAGCCCAAUCAUAACAUAGGCUACAUCACAGGCUCUGAAAUUCCUGUCUUUAAAGGCCCAGUGCAGUCAAAAACGUGAUUUUCCUGUGUUUUAAUCUAUUUACACACUAUGAGGUUGGAAUAAUACUGUGAAAUUGUGAAAAUGAUGAUAAUGCCCUUUUAGUGUAAGAGCCCACAGGGGACCGCACAAAAAAGUAAAAAAAAAUGUAUGCACUCACUACUGUAAGUCGCUCUGGAUAAGAGCGUCUGCUAAAUGACUCAAAUGCCUGACAUUUCUGCAUGGUUUUGGUGGGAUGGAGUUUUGGCCUGCCUGGUGACAUCACCAUGCAGUAAAUUAGUUAAUAGACCAAUAAGAAAGAGUUCGAAACCUCUCUGACAAUAACAGCUAGUUUUCAGUUUUUCCCACUCCCAGACAGUCCUAGCAAAUUUCUUUUUUGAGAAAUUGCUCUUUGCUAAGAAGCCAUUUUUGUUUAUUUUCGACCAUUUUAAUUGAAAACAAUCACAGUAAGGUACUUAAUUGUUACCCAGAAAUGAUUUGAUAUUGAGAUAAAAACAGCUGCAUUGGAUCUUUAAGCCCCAAAUUAUAUUUUUUACACCAUAACGUAGUUUCUUUUUCUACCAGAGUUGAUACACAUGACUACAACUCAUAUCAGAUAUAAAAAUAAAUGAUGAGUUGCUUUUUAAAGGGAAAGUUCAAUGGCUGUGAGAACUUCAGAUUGUAAAUAGGUUGCAUAUCAAAACACACAAAAAAACACUAGAAUUGCUCCACUGGUUGGAACCUGAACCAAUAGAAACACAUGCUGUACUCUUGACAAUGGUUAGCCUAAUUCCAUAUUAAAUCUUUCAUGCCACCAAGGCAAGAUCAUGCACUCGCUCUUUUGCUUAAUCAAUGAUUUACUAUGCAAUGUUGGGCUAUACACAACUCUGAAACUUUCAUUCGCUUUUCAAACACAAGUGUCGAUUCAAAGGAUUUCUAUUGUUGAUAUACAGUAAAUAAUUACUUUUAUCACUGUGUGAGAAAACAGUUAUGAUGUCUACAAUGAUUCUUAUUCAGUUUUCCUGGUAAGGUAGGAGUAUUGUAUAUUACCUAAACAAUUAGCAACAUAACUUAGACCCAGUGACUAUAGGACAGUAAUUUGGCUUUACAGACAAUCAAAACUCAUAUUUUCUUCUUGCAUACUGUACACAGACUAAAACGUAUGUCUGAAUCCACUCUUGGGAACUUUUAUGUGCCAAUUGAUUACUUCUAUUUCAUUCAUGUUACAUUUGCCUUCUCUUCAGCUUGGAUAGAUUUAGUAGGAAGAUUGCCUUUACAUUUGCCUUUGUAUUAACUUGUGUUUGAUUGCAUUACACAGCCAAUAUUAAGCUUUGUCCUACGUUGGUGGUGUUAUAUUGCGGGGAGUUACUUGAACAAUAUGUCUCCUGCAUGUUGGACAGUGUCACACGCGUUGCUAUUGUGAAAUGCUAAUCCUUUUGUUGCACUGCAGAGAGAACAUACUCCCUUAAAACAUCUUAAAACGAUAUGCAGUAAUGUGGAAGCUGCUAAAGCCUCUUAAAGUAGCUGUCCAGUGUUUCCAGAUUUCUAUGAAAUAUGAUCUAUAAUUACAGUGGCUUGCGAAAGUAUUCACCCCCCCUUGGCAUUUUUCCUAUUUUGUUCCCUUACAACCUGGUUGAUUUUUUUUGGGGGGGUUGUAUCAUUUGAUUUACACAACAUGCCUACCACUUUGAAGAUGCAAAUGUUGUUGUUGUUGUGAAACAAACAAGAAAUAAGACAAAUAAAACAGAACUUGAGCGUGCAUAACUAUUCACCCACCCCAAAGUCAAUACUUUGUAGAGCCACCUUUUGCAGCAAUUACAGCUGCAAGUCUCUUGGGGUAUGUCUCUAUAAGCUUGACACAUCUAGCCACUGGGAUUUUUUUCCCAUUCUUCAAGGCAAAACUGCUCCAGCUCCUUCAAGUUGGAUGGGUUCCGCUGGUGUACAGCAAUCUUUAAGUCAUAACACAGAUUCUCAAUUGGAUUGAGGUCUGGGCUUUGACUAGGCCAUUCAAGACAUUUAAAAUGUUUCCCCUUAAACCACUCAAGUGUUGCUUUAGCAGUAUGCUUAGGGUCAUUGUCCUGCUGGAAGGUGAACCUCCGUCCCAGUCUCAAAUCUCUGGAAGACUGAAACAGGUUUCCCUCAAGAAUUUCCCUAUAUUUAGCUCCAUCCAUCAUUCCUACAAUUCUGACCAGUUUCCCAGUCCCUACCGAUGAAAAACAUCCCCACAGCAUGAUGCUGCCACCACCAUGCUUCUCGGGGUGAUGAGAGGUGUUGGGUUUGCGCCAGACAUAUUUGCGCCAGACAGAUGAGACUAAAAGCAAUUUUAGUCUCAUCUGACCAGAGUACCUUCUUCCAUAGGUUUGGGGAGUCUCCCACAUGCCUUUUCUGGCCACUCUUCCGUAAAGCCCAGCUCUGUGGAGUGUACGUCUUAAAGUGGUCCUAUGGACAGAUACUCCAAUCUCCGCUGUGGAGCUUUGCAGCUCCUUCAGGGUUAUCUUUGGUCUCUUUGUUGCCUCUGAUUAAUGCCCUCCUUGCCUGGUCCAUGAGUUUUGGUGGGUGGCCCUCUCUUGGCAGGUUUGUUGUGGUGCCAUAUCUUUCCAUUUUUUUAUAAUGGAUUUAAUAGUGCUCUGUGGGAUGUUAAAAGUUUCCCAACCCUGAUCUGUACUUCUCCACAACUUUGUCCCUGACCUGUUUGGAGAGCUCCUUCGUCUUCAUGGUGCCCCUUGCUUAGUGGUGUUGCAGACUCUGGGGCCUUUCAGAACAGGUGUAUAUAUACUGAGAUCAUGUGACAGAUCAUGUGACACUUAGAUUGCACACAGGUGGACUUUAUUUAACUAAUUGUGACUUCUGAAGGUAAUUGGUUGCACCAGAUCUUAUUUAGGGGCUUCGUAGCAAAGGGGGUGAAUACAUAUGCACGCACCACUUUUCCGUUAUUUAUUUUUUAGAAUGUUUUGAAACAAGUUAUUUUUUUCAUUUCACUUCACCAAUUUGGAUUAUUUUGUGUAUGUCCAUUACAUGACAUCCAAAUAAAAAUCAAUUAAAAUUACAGGUUGUAAUGCAACAAAAUAGGAAAAACGCCAAGGGGGAUGAAUACUUUUGCAAGGCACUGUAUGCUACUAUAGCUAGGUUUCCAUCCAAUUGGCGACAGAUUUUCAUGUGAAUAUUCCAAAAUCCGCAUAAAAACUAAAUGCGCAUUUUCCCACCAGAGAUGUUGCAGAUAAAAGGCUAUAGGUGAUGACGUAGUGCACAUAAAAAUACCUUUUGCGGUUAAAAUCCCAUGUACCGUCAAAAAAACACAAGUUAAAUGGGUUUCCAUCACAUUUAACUCUUGAUGGUUUUCUCACAAAAAAAUGGCAUUAUAUAGCUGAGUGUUCCCACUCCGGUAUUGGCACUGCGCUCUAGCCAACAGUGCACAGAUACAGUACUGUAGAGCGCACUUAUAGCUUACAUCAGGGAUCAUCAACUAGAUUCAGCCGUGGGCAGAUUUUUUUUCUUGAGUGGAUGGUCAGGGGGCAGGAACAUAAUUACAAAUAAUUUGUCAACUGCAAAUUGUCCGCAAGAAGCCUAAACGGAUAUAAUAUUUAACUAAAACAGAAUCAUUUCAAACCUUGCUUAUUACAUUUGUAUAUGAUCACAUGCUGUAUAUCGCUCUAUUAUGCGUGGGAAUACUUUGGAACAGAUUUCCAAAAAUAAAAUCACUUGAAGCUGAUUUUCUGGUGUUUUAACUGUCUUUUAUGACCAACAAUAAACAUUUAAAAAUUAGCUCAGAAAGCUUGAGGGGCCAAAUUGGGCCCGCGGGAAGCCAGUCCACCAACAUUUCUCGCAUAAUUCAUUUUACAGACACAAAAAGAUCCCACCUUGUCUCGUGUAUUUUGUUUUGUCGACAUUUGGAAAAUUUACCGAAAAUCUUUCCGUUUCCAUCAGGCCUGUCAUAAAAUGUUAUAUCCGACAUGUAAUCUACUCGCAUAAAAAGGUUAGAUGGAAACCUGGUUAAUAUGAGUGAAAUAUCUUUCCUUAUUAAAAAAAUUAUAAUAUUAAAAAAGCAGCUUUUCUGUUUGAAUGGUGUGGGCGUAUACCGGUCGAUUUAAAAUAUCCAUGACAAGGAAACAGCUGAUUGGCCAGCUCAGCCAAUGAGUCAGUGGGCAGAUUCGAUUAUACUGAGCCGCGGGGUACCGGGCAAAGGCCCAUAACAUCAUCGGGCGAAAGAGGGGAGGAGCACCCUUCUCAAAUCAAACAGUAUUCUGCGCCGCUCUGUCAUUCUGUCAACAAGGUACCAUGGUGCAUUGUCCAGAAACAUACAUCUAUUUUCCAUCAAAUAAAUGUUAGAAUUUGCUAACUCAUUUUUAAUUGGGAAGGCAAAUAAAGCUCAAAAGCAAUCACUUUUGCAUUUGAAAACAGAGAGUCCUACUUAUUACUCCACGUGCUCCUACGUUUCUUUGUUUUGAGCCGACUUCGCCAUGGGCUUUGAACAGGGCACCUAGCUCAUGCCUGGAGGCAACCCGGUUCCAAAACGAAUGCAAUCAACUUUCACCCGGUGCAAAACCCACCUACACGGGCGCCCGGGCGAGAUUAAUCGAACCCCUCAUUGAGCUGUCUCGGCCAAAAACAAGCAUUUUUUCUCUCUAAUGUAUGCUUUGGCCACAAAUACAAGUAUAGGAUGAGUCAACAACAUUAUUUGGGUAUGAGUUAACAGAUUAUGAGCUUUUAAAAGUUAGAUUUUAACUGGACAGUUAUUUUAAGCCAUCACAAUGUAGGCCUACAACAUGACCAUGUACAGAUGCAGGAUCUUAAUUUGUUGCUGAAAAUUAAGAAAAUUAAGAUGAGCUUCGUGAUUUAUAUAAAUUCACUGAAAACCCACACUAACCCAUGAUUAUAUUAACAGUAUUGGACUUUUCAUGUAGCCUACUUUUGGCCAGCUAAUAGCUUAACCACAGAUCAAGCAAUUUAUGGACUAAAUGUUAAAAUACUUUUGCUGCAGGAUUAUUUUUGCUGUGACAAUAUAGGUCAAAUUUAAGAUCCUACAUCUGUAUGGAGGUUGUAUUUUAGUCACCUUAACAGGAGUAACAUCCCUUCAGGGGGUAAAAUAAGCAUUACUAAUAAAAUCAAAUGUUAUUUGUCACAUACACGUGUUUAGCAGAUGGUAUAGCGGGUGUAGCGAAAUGCUUGUAAUGAGCAAGCAAUCAAUAUUCUGUAUAUGAUCUACUACUCAGGGCCCUAUUAAAUCAAAAGCGGGGUAAAACAAAUUGAAAUGAUCCUUUUUGAUUUUCACACCGUAACAGUUCUGUAAGAACCAUUCAUCUUACUAUGUAUAACUGUACCUUGGUGGUGGGGAAGAUGGAAAACAUGUUUCCUUUCGUUAAAGUAUAUUGGAGUGAGAAGAGUUUGAGAACCAAACCGGUGUUAAACAAAAGCAUAGGUAAUUCGUCAUUUUUGUGUUUUUUACUGCUGCAAUUUAAAUGUGUUAUUGCUUUUUAGAACCGUUAAAGUACUGCAAAAUGGGUAAGAAAAUGUGUUGGUAUGCAUACAAUCUGAUAACUCCUAUCACCUCAAGUGAGGCUUUUAUCGAGUUAACCCACUUGGGAGAGAUUGUAAGGAGCCUACCUUGGCAAGGGUUGUAGUAUUUAAUAUAUUUCAUGAUGAAGGAAAAAGAUACAAAGGCUGUGUUUACACAGCAAGACUAAUUCUGAUUUUUUGGGGGACAAAUCAGAUCAGGUCUUUUGCCAAUAAUUGUGCAAAAGAUCAGAAUUGGGUCACCUGUGUAAACACAGCCAUAGAGCUAUGUUCAUUUGCAUUGCAAAUGGUAUAUGAUGAGUGAUUUUCCUUUAACUACACACAGCCAAACUAGGACUAGCUCCUAUGGUCUGCACCUGACAACAAUCCAAGAUAGAUAUUGGAGGGAGAACUGAUUUGUUCUCUAAUCCACACACAGGGCAGAAAACAAAGGCUGCGUUUACAUAGGCCGCCCAAUUCAGAUUUCCCCCCCCCCCCCCCCUAUAAUUGGACCAAUCAAAUCAGCUCUUUUGCCAAUAAUUGGGCAUAGAUCAGAAUUGGGUUGCCUGUGUAAAUGCAGACAUAGAGCCAUGUUCAUUUGCAUUGCAAAUUGUAUAUGAUGAGUGGUUUUGCUGUAACUACACUGUCGAUAUGGGACAUUUUUAGGAUAAACACAAGUUGAUGGUCACGAUGCAGCAACUGAUUGCAUGAAAUAAAAAAUAAAAUGAACAAGAUUGAUAAUAAAAAAUUUCACCAACCAAGUGUGGUGUUUUGCUAACUUAUUUUUUCUAUCAACAUGCAGGUAUGUAGCUAGAGUCAGAAGUGAUUUUUCGUAGCAGGUUGGAGAAUUUAUGCAGCAGGUUAGGAGAAGUUACGCAGCAGGAUAGGAGAAUUAGGUUAAAGGUUAGGAAAAGGGUUAGGGUUAGCUAAAAUGCAAAAAUUCUCCCCCAUGCAACUUUUGAAGUCACUUUGGCUUUGUUUACACAGACAGACCAAUUCUAAUCUUUUGUUUUUUACCACUAAUUGGUGUUUUUGAUCAAUUAGAUCAGCUCUAAUGCCAAUAAUUGGGCAAAAGAUCUGAAUUGGGCUGCCUGUGUAAAUGCAGCCUUUGACAUAAAAUGUAUGCCAUCUAGCCAAUCACAUCGGAUCUUUUUCAGAGCUGAUCUGAUUGGCCGAAAGACCAAUUAGUGGGAAAAAAGAUCAGAAUUGGGCUGCCUGUCUAAAUGCAGCCUAUGUUGGCCAGCUGGCCAUGUUAAUUAGAUAAUUUAUUACAGGUAGUUGCUUGUUUGUACCUCGUGCUCUGACGCAAAUGCUUCCCCCGACUUUCUCCACUCAACUCCUCCCAAAAAAUAUUGCUGUCGGUGGUUAGUAGCUAGCUAGCAAAAAGAGUAUGCGCCAAAGUGGUUUUGUUUACAAAUUCGGCAUGGCCCAAAGUAUUGAAGGUAAGUUACAAGUAAAUGUAGCUAGCUAGGUAAUGUAGUUGCUACAAACAGUUAUGGCUAGCUAGUGAAUUUCUACUCCUUCAAUUUUGGCUUUAGUAAGCUAUUUAGAGGUGCACACUUAGUUACUCAAUAUUUCAGUUUCAAACGAAAUACUGUAACGUUAGUCACGUACUUAGUCAUGCAAUUAUCCAACCUUUUCACCGUGUUUUGCAAACUUGGUGAUGGUCUGCAGGUGACAAGCACAGAUCGGGUCAGACUGGGAAAAGUAUUUGCCAAUGCAAGAUUCACCAGGACAACGAUGAUGUGGUCAUGCACGACCCUGAAUGCAGCGGCAUACUGGAACUAGAUUCUUUAGAAUCAUCUGAGGAAUCUAAAGAAGAAACCAUUGUAAAGGCAAGGCUUUGAUUUAGUUAAUGCUGGUGUUCUGGCAAACUCGCCUAGCAACCAGCUCAGGAGAAUGGCACAAAAGAGGCCAAUAGUGGUGGUUCUCUCUCAUUCAAAUUGCUUUGCCUUCAGUUACUUUUUCUAAGAUAAUAUAUAUAUAUAAUAUGCUAUACUCGUUAAUAAACCCAUUACUUUCCACAUGCUAGUGUUCUGCAAAGCCAGAGGUUGUAGUCCCAGCCAAUGCAGCCAUAGAGCUGGAAAGGAGGAUUGAGGAGAUGAGGAGGAGAAACGAGGCUUUGCUGGAGCGGUUCAAUGUAAGUGUAUCAGUAGCUAGUGCAGCGCCCUGAAUGAAAGAAACUGAUAUCAUACAAAGGUAAACACCAUGCAUUUAUAUGCUACUGUUUUGAAAAGCUUUAGUUAUUAAGGAAGUCGAAACUGAAGCCUUUCAGCAUAUUCUGAAGCAUUUAUCUGAAUGAUCGAUGGUGUAUUUUCAGUAGAGGCUUUUAUUACUUAAAAAGCAGAACGCAUAUGGCCACUGAAUUGGUUACCUUUACAUUUUCCUCAUGUCUAUGGCUGCAUUAGGCCUCUGAUAUAGCCACCUCACUUAAGUCACGUGACAUGUCUCAUUCUUCAUAGGAAGUUGAGGAGGACAGGAGAAGGGCCGAGCGUAGGGGGGCAGCCCUGCUGCCCAAAAGCACCAAACUGGUCAAAACCAGUUAUUCAGCUCAUACCGCUGAUGUGUCGGAGCAGUGGGAGAGCCUCACCAUCACCGUAAUGAACCAGGUGCCAACCCAGGUUUCUCCUGUGCAGCCCACUUGGGGGAGCCAUUGCACUUUUUUCUCACUUGCUACUCAACUGCAAGGAAAAAUAAGAAAGCGGUAAACCGAGUAACCCCAAGUCAUGAAAUUAAUUGGUUAAUUGAAAUUCAUCAAAUGGACUGAUAAAGACUCCUAAAGUUGACGUGGAUUCAUCCAUUUGAUCACACCCCAACAAUGCAGGCAGCUGUUUUCUAACUUACCUCUGAAAAGCUGCAGAUAAUAAUUUAGCAAUUUGGGAUAACUUUUAUAUACAGGAUCACCAUUGCUAUUCCCAUUAUAUCUAUUGAUGGGGUGACAUUGCUGGUGACAUGCAGUUUUCCCUCUGAAAAUUAAUGCUAUUAAUUUAUGAAGUCAAUGCACCAUCUAAAUCCCCUCUGCUAUGUGUCAUAUGAAGAAGGACUCCCGUUCGGUGGCAAAGCGGUCUGAACGAGGCAGAAGGCAGCCCAAAUCACGGAGGAUGGACGACCGCCUGGAAAAGAGAUGUGAGGAGGAGGAGAAGAACAUUUUGGAGGAAAGGCAGCUGAUAAUCUGCACUAUAGACAACGGCGAGGUAGGUGCUUUUACCAACACGGGUCAGAACUGUCCACUAUGACAUGGACGCUGCUGUCAUUUCAUUGACGAGUUUAAGCGUUGAACGCGUGACCUUCGUGUUGCUCAAGAAACACACAGGCAAUAAAAUAAAAAUAUAAGGAAACCCCAUCCCCUCUCUCAAGGAGUAGGAAAUUAGACGCUUUGAAAGGAGGCUGUCUAAUGUACUAAUGUGAGGUUGACAUGUUUGUCAUUUGAGAGUUGUAAAGCUUGGCGGUUCUUCUGUGUCUCUGGAAAUGGAGAUGAAUGCAAUUUAAAAACCUUUUAAUGCGGCCCUGUCUGCUAAAACAUGAACAUGUUCGUCAGCUUUCAGUGCAGAGCUCAAACUGAAGUGAUUUUCAAUGGCACCUAUGUGGUGUAUGUGACAAUAAAACAUCUAAAAAUAUACACACUACCAGUUUUAGACACUCUUGGCCGUGUCCCAAUCCACUAGACCUAGCUUCCUUUCCUUCCUCGUCUCCUUUCCUCCAUGGGAAAUGUUACACAAGAAAAGGUUUACACCAUUAACUGAUAUUUCAGACUCUCAACCAUGUUCUAGUCAUGUUUCUCUUAACAGCUGUCUUUGAUCCCCUUGGAAUGCUGGGAAACCCCUCACAGGCAGAGCACAGCGCCCUGCAGACUGCCAAGCGCAAUGAAAGCAGCAUGUCAUCCGCUGCAUGGCACGCUAUCCUGUGCUAA